AUGCGGGGAAGAAGUCACUUCAACAUGCAGAGGAAUUUGUUUCAGAAUCUACAAUAUCCGCAAGCAAUGACAUCACAGCCGACACCGACCGAGUACGUGGAGGAGCAGAUGCAGGGCGCCUACUACAGCCCGUCGACCCUUCGGGGUAGCCUCGGAACCCCCAACCUGGGCCACCGAUUGGGGUUUCGCAAUGGCAAAAAUGGCUCGUACGGUUCGCGCCGCUCCAUCAGACGGUCUACACCGGGCAGCUGCCAACAGGGGGAAACACAGCUGGAGGACUUCAACGUGGUUUUGGUCGCGACCCGGCCGCUGUUGAAGGCGUUAGCUCGGGAAUGCCGACCAUGGCCGCCAUGGUGUGUUGGCUUUGCAGUGCCGGACGACGCCACAGAAGAACUCAGGCUUUUUGCCUCAUUUCUUCGGGCUACGCCGGAGGAACUAGCCUGCAGCGAUUCUGCGGUGCGUCUUGCGACCGAAAUCAUGCAGGCAGUCUGGCCCACUGUGGUGAUGAAGCCCAUGUCGACAACGGCUGCUGGGCUAUCGCCACUGAAAGACGUCACGCUGCAUUACUACGCCGAGAAUUCCCCUGUCGCGCCGGAGGACAUGGAGCGCGUCCGGAACGAAAUUCAAAGCGUUGCCAACAGUCACGGGGCACAUGUGGAGUUUGCCACAGAUUAUAGGGAGAUCACGUGUGUUGUCUUGACGGACACCCGAUCCGGAAAAAGGCUUACAAUACGUUACGGCCCUCAAGCCUCAUGUGCGGAACAUCCGUCAAACAUGUUCCGAACAAUAAUAGCGCCCAACGGAGAUUAUCACGCGACACUUACCCUACUUGAUGCCCUCCUGCGUCAAAACAAGAUCUUGGAUGACGCGGGAAUAACCAAAGACGCCCUGAACGGCGAAGCGCUUGCAGUUAUGAUUCUCGCCAUCAUUAACUCAUACAGUUCCUCCGACGUCCCUGAUGCCAAUAGACUCAUGAUGGAUUUCUUUUUGACAUAUGGCUUUGCAGCUAACUUUGAUCUCGUAAAAAAUUCAGUUACUGUGCACGGGAUGUCGGAACCAACGCCCAAGGUGCACCGCAACGCCCAAAUCAGUGUACUUGACCCCUUCGAUGAAACACGCAAUUUAACGCCCAAGUUGGAAAAGGCGGCCCACCUACAGGCCGUCUUCAACUACUGCUAUACAGCGCUGUCGCAGUUCACACAGGUUUCUCAGCGGCAGCGUCGUGCCCAGUCUACGCUUUCUACUAUCAUUGGUGGAGAGGCAUACUGGGGGCGCGUGCUGCAGCUGUACCAUGAGGGAAUUUCACCCUACGUGGAUGUCGUGGAGAGGAAGAAACAUCUGUUGCUGCAGGCUUUGUAG